AUGGAGACUGCAGACCCUGUGUCAUAUGAGUUCUCUGGUCAUGCCGCGUUUACACCCAGACGGUCGAUGGACUCGACGCUGAACCAGAACUUCCCUUUCUAUUCACCACCUUCCUACUCGUUGUCUUAUCAAGCCUCGAGUAGCUUACCAUACAGCUUCGCUCAUUCUGUAGGCCAUGCACAUGCACAUGCACAUGCACACUCGAAUCCAUACUACUUCGUUCCAAGUCAACAUGUUCAGCCGCAACCACUGCGCCUCACGACAGAGCAACCACUGCAGUCUCUCCCAGAGAUUCGUCCGGCCAAGAAUGCCAUCAGCCAGGCACCCAAGACUCCCGAUCCUAUACAUGUCUCGCCUCCCAGUGUAGGCCAUACACCGGAGGGAACAAACGAGAAACAAACAUCCGCUGACAUCGCAUUCUCAACAAACGUGGAUGUUCUCAUGAAGGCAAUCCAAGCGAAGCAUGCCGCCUCAUCACCUCAGCAGUCGCUACCACCCCUCCAGCAACAACUGGCCCCAGCCGCACCUCACGCGUAUCCAGUAUCCUACCCACCAGUAGCAGCCUCGCCUCCACGCUACUUCCUCGCAAACGAGGGCCAAUUAUCCCGCUCAGGCAAAAAGCGCAAGUACACAUGCACUCUACCAGGCUGUGGAAAGAGCUUUGCCCAGAAGACACACCUGGAUAUCCACAUUCGAGCCCACACAGGUGACAAGCCAUUCAUAUGCACAGUGCCCUCAUGCGGCCAACGCUUCUCGCAGCAAGGCAACCUCAAAACCCAUGCGCGCCGUCACACAGGCGAAAAGCCCUUCAAAUGCGAACUCUGCAGCAAGGCUUUCGCGCAACGGGGUAACGUCCGCGCCCACAUGCUCACACACACCCAAGGCCGGAAAUUCAGUUGCCUUCUCGAUGAAUGUGGGAAGGAAUUUACCCAACUGGGGAAUCUAAAGUCCCACCAAAAUAAAUUCCACGCCGCAACCCUCCGCACCCUGACGCAGAAGUUCUCGCAAAUCGGCGAGAACGGCCCCGCAAACCCUGCAGAUCGUGCUCUAUGGGAGUAUUUUGCAGAUUUAUACAAGAACAGCAACAAGGGGAUCAAAGGGCGCGGCAAGGACCGUCGGAUCUCGACGAAGCGGUCUGCACAACGGGACUCGAUGGAGCGGGUAUCUGUUGAGUCUGAUGAAAGUGUGAAGAUGCGGAGGGGAAGCUAUGAUGGGUUCUCGGUUUACGGGUCCAGUAGUGAUGGGGAUGAGGAGGGUUAUUAUAUUGGUCGACGACAGGAACAUGAACAGGAACUGAAGCAUGAACAUGGGCAUGGUCGUGGUGGGCAAGGGCAUGAGCAUGGCCAUGGCCAUGGUCAUUGA